AAUGCCUAUCAUUUUCAUUUAUUCGAUGUACGAUAAAAACAGCCAAUGUGGAAAAACUCCCUUGCUCAAGGGCAUAAUUAUGUGCCGUACUGGGAAUCGAACCCUCGGAUCUCCAAUCAAGCCACUCGGUCACGGCCCCUCGCUCCCGGCCGGCCCAAGGCCCUAUUGGGCCGGCCGAAAGGGCGAACUCUCGACAACAUUUCGAUAAACAUUCGUCCAACAUGGCGUCUCUUGGCCGAGUGUGGAGAAUCGGAAGCAAAGUUCUAACGGGAAGUUCAUCCAUUGUUCGUCCCAAUUUAAGGUCGAUUCCAUGCCGAGUAUACAGUUCUACAACUAAGAAAGUUGAGCAGUCAGAAUUUAUCAUAGGAAAACAGACAGAGGUCGACCCUGCACGGGUAGAAGAAAUCAUCAGAGAAGGCACCCGUCCUGAAUCGGAAUCAGACGCAUCAGAUCCCACAUAUGUAACACAUGGAUUUCAUGAUGACCCCUACUGGGACACAUAUGCAUACAGAGUGAUCUUUUUUACAACCAUCUCCAUUGUCAUGGUAUUUGGUCCUGCUUUUGUACACUACAUACCUGAUCCAACUGGAAGGGAAUGGGCAAUGAAGGAAGCACAGAUUGUAUUGGAAGAGAGGAGAGCAGCAGGAGCACCAGUCAUUGAUCCAAACUUCAUUGAUCCUAGUAAAUUGGUCCUACCUGAAGAGGAUCCAGAGCCUCUCCGUACAGCAUAGUUGAAUAGAGUGUGUUUAUUUUGAUAAAUUAUAGCAUUGUCUGCGUGCAAGGGUUAGGAACAUAAUGAACUGUUGCAUACAUGAUACAAAAUAUUUCAUCAGACCUGCACAAUGACCACUCACACUAUUCAUGACGGUGGUUAUCAAGAAUUUAUGACUGUCUGGAAUUAAGGUCAUUGCUGAGAAAAGGUGUUCUCAAUUUGAAUGAGGGUGAAUGGAUCAAUAUUCCUGAAAUUGUCCAUGUCAUUUUGGGUGGUUUUCAAGAAUUUAUGACUGUCUGGAAUUAAGGUCAUUGCUGAGAAAAGGUGAUCUUAAUUUGAAUGAGGGUGAAUGGAUCAAUAUUCCUGAAAUUAUCCAUGUCAUUUUGGGUCCUCAAUUUUCAUCUCCAAAUAUUACAUGCUACACCUGAUAUGAAGAACUUCUCACUUCCCACAUUUCAUAUUGUCAAUUUGGAAUGUUUGCUUGAGGGGGUUUGCCAUGAUUUGAUGUUAGUUUUACGAGCUGUCAGGCUAAAAAUAACCAGUGGAUGUCUUGAGAAAAAAAUCCUAUUGAGGCCUUCUUUUGACCCAAGAACUUCAUUCUGCAGAUAUAUUUUUUAGAAACAACGUAUAUCUAAAGGUCCAUUUCUGUUGGUCAUGUUCUUUUUAAAGUCUUUUGCAAAGUAGCGUUAAAAGUUUCCACAUUCACUGUUUUAGGAUAUGGAGUCCAUGAUCAAAGUGUUCUUGUUGAUCUGUAGUCUAUUACAUUUCGAAUAAUGAUAAUAAUGAACACCUGCCACCAUAGAAAAGCAAAGGUUUCUUUAUGAAAUAGUGCCCAGUAGGUAAUAUGGGAAUGUAGUCUUUACAGGUCCCCAUACUUCUAAGGAUCUGCCAUAAUAUUAAAUUAUGUUUGUAAUUUGUUUGGGAAGGAAAUAAUUUUGUUGGGCCCAAUAAACAGAAGGGUCUUGAGUGAUAGGCUGCUUGAAAUACACCAUUUAAAAAAAAAUGUGAAUGAAAAUGGUCUCUCAAAGUCCACAAUCACAACAGAAACCUGUUUCGUUUCUGAUCAUGAGGCAGAUGAACCAGGGGGAUAUAUUUGGGCAUCUGUAAAUUAUUAACUCCUGUGUACUCUUGCAGGAAUAAUUUGAAAUCACAAUUUAACUAAAAUACCAUAAGCUUUUUGAUUGUAUUCACCCUAGACAAUGCCAGAUUUUGUAUGUGAAGUACUCCAGGGGAGCAUUUCAUGAAAGGACUUGUCGGACGUUUUAUCCGACAAGUACUGUUUUAUCCGACAGUUACUAUGGUAACAGUGACUCUCAGCCAAUCAUUAUCAAGGAAAGUUGUCAGAUCUGACAACUUGUCGGACGAAAAUUUUGAUGAAAUGUCCCUCGGGUUUAUCAUAUUGACUCUUAUCCAGACAUCCAAAGUUGUGCAGUCUAUGUUCCUGACUCCGUUUUAGCCUUGGAUUUUAUGUGUAUGUAUCUAAGAGGAUCACCCUUUACCUUUCUCAAUAUUGAAAUGUAUUGUAUGAAAUCAAUGAAUGGCUUAACAUUUUCAUGAUGUGCAAAAAUGUAAGCCAUGGUUGUAUUAUGAAUUAAAGAGUUUACAAAUUCGAA